AUGGGGGUUCAGUGCUCUAGCUUGGUACCAUGUUGUGUGAAUUCACAAGUUAAAACAUCUGAUCUUGAAGUUCCGACUGAUGAAAAUGAGGAUAGAAUUGAGACUAAUAACGGGCCUGCGUUUCGUGAAUUUACGUUCGAGCAACUUAAUAAUGCAACGUCUGGUUUUAAUGUUGAGAAUAUAGUUUCUGAACAUGGUGAAAAGGCUCCAAACGUUGUUUAUAAAGGGAAGAUGGAGAAUCAGACAAGGAUUGUUGUUAAGAGGUUUAAUAAAAGUGCUUGGCCUGAUGCUCGGCAGUUUUUGGAGGAAGCUAGAUCAGUUGGUCAGCUUCGUAACGAAAGAUUGGCAAAUUUACUUGGUUGUUGCUGUGAAGAUGACGAGAGGUUGCUCGUGUCUGAAUAUAUGCCGAAUGAAACUCUUGCAAAGCACCUUUUCCACUGGGACGCACAACCGAUGAAAUGGGCAAUGCGACUCAGAGUUGUUCUGCAUCUUGCAGAAGCUCUAGAAUACUGCACAAGCAAUGGACGUGCCCUCUAUCACGACCUUAAUGCAUAUAGAGUUCUAUUUGAUGAAGAUGGUAAUCCUAGGCUUUCGAGUUUUGGCCUUAUGAAGAAUAGUAGGGAUGGAAAAAGUUAUAGCACAAAUUUGGCAUUUACCCCUCCGGAGUAUCUCAGAACUGGGAGAGUAACACCAGAAAGUGUAAUAUAUAGCUUCGGCACUCUUUUGCUUGACCUUCUUAGCGGGAAACAUAUCCCUCCAAGUCAUGCCCUUGAUUUGAUUCGCGACAGAAAUCUUCAGAUGCUAACAGAUUCUUGUCUGGAAGGACAAUUUUCCGAUGAUGAUGGAACUGAGUUGGUGCGCCUGGCUUCUCGAUGUUUACAGUACGAACCUAGAGAGCGACCUAAUACAAAGUCGUUAGUAACUGCUUUGGCUCCUCUUCAAAAAGAAACUGAGGUUCCUUCCCAUUCGUUAAUGGGUAUCCAACAUAGUGCUACUAUUGUUGCUUCGCUGACCCCUCUUGGCGACGCAUGUUCAAGAAAGGACUUGACUGCCAUACACGAAGUUCUCGAAAGUAUUGGCUAUAAAGACGACGAAGGCGUGGCAAAUGAGUUAUCUUUCCAAAUGUGGACAGAUCAAAUGCAGGACUCACUAACUAGUAAGCAAAAAGGAGAUGCCGCUUUCCGGCACAAAGACUUCAAACUUGCAAUAGAGUGCUACACUCAGUUCAUUGAUGUUGGAACAAUGGUUUCUCCAACUGUCCAUGCACGACGCAGCCUGUGUUAUCUCAUUAACAACCAACCUCAGGAAGCUAUGAACGACGCGAUGCAAGCACAAGUAAUUUCCCCUCUAUGGCACAUUGCUUCUUAUCUUCAAUCUGUUUCUUUGGCCGGACUCGGAAUGGCAAACGAAUCUCAAGUUGCACUUUCAGAAGGGACGACACUGGAAGCCAAGCGAAAUGCACCUACGGGGAAAAAGUGA